AUGAGGCUGAUGCUGGAGCAAAACAGAGAACUUUUGGAAGCCUUGCAAGCUGGGAACAUGCGCAGCGAAGCCAUAGUCCCCUCACUUCUGCCAGAGCCAUUCAAUGACAUGCAAGAGUUCACAUCGUUUGACGAGACAAUUCAGGAGGCCACAAGAGAUCAGCUGAUUGCCAACUUGAAAUCUUUCGGUGGGGAUAAUGUAUCUUGUAACACAAGAAGAGUCUUGGAGUAUCUUAUGACGGACAACGUGGCCCAAAACUACAGCUGGAUUGGAAAUAAAGGAAAGAAAAAAUUCUGUGAGCUCAAAGUGAAACAGAUCAUUACUGAUGCUGUAAGAUCAAACCCAAAGUUUACUGCAACAGUCGACGACGUGGAGAGGGAGAUUAAAAAGUGGCUACAGCAUGCUUCCUGCCGAAUCAAGCUCCGACAAAAGAAGGUUCAGGCCAUCGUGAUAAAGCACGACCGGAUAUAUGCUUACAAUCUGUGCUCGCUUUAA